CGACAGGCGGCCGCUUUACUUCAACCCCGUUGGUCUAUCCAUAGUUUACCACCCACAUCGAAGCCUGAGGAAGGAAACUAUAUCGCUGGUCUACAUGUAGCAUAUCUGGCCAGUUCCAUAAGCCAGAUAAAUAUCCUAGCCAACCACUACUGCCCAUCGUGACUUCUGUAUCCAAAUCAACCUUACGUCAAGAAUACAUCCAAUAUGCCAACGCCGUUGGAUCGUGCUUUGAACUCCAAGAAUCUCUUUUUGGGGUUCACUGGGAUGGUGACAGCUGCGGCCGUCUGGGCUAUUUGGGGUAGCGACAUGUUCCCUGCGGAGCCAGACCCGACAGGAGACCCCGAAACCUGGUCUCAUGAUGAAAUGCGAAGAUGGCUUCGGGCGAGAGGACUUCUGCCUCAUGAGAGCGCAACGCGUGAAGAGCUGCUUGAGCGCAUAAAAGCCAAUUUGCGCGUGCCGCGCAGAAGCCAAGCUUGAUUUCCGAGUCGGGCAUGGUGUAUGGACGAGCUCCGGAAUAGUGUUUUCUUUUAUCGGCAUGUCAUAGCGUUUGUAGGUUGAAUGUUUUUCUUCUCCUGCGGUGUAUCUCAAGUUGAAACAAAUGUCGUUGAAUGUCUUUCGUUGAUUCGCAGCGCAUCAUGUGAAUUGUUACUGGACGACGCGUCCGCCUCGCGCGAUCAUACCUCGAUUGAUUUGCUCUUCU